AUGUUUGUGCCGGUGGACAACGGACCGCCGACGCAGCUAGGCACUUCCGGGCACUCACUGCCCACGGCCUGUCCGACACCUCUCCUAGCAAGCACACCGUCGGCGGCGGCAACGGCGGCGCCUGGGCCACCCGGGCAUUCAGGAGCAACAGCGGCAACGGUCGGACAAGCAGCAGUGCCAGGCAACGCGGGGCCGCUGCAGGCCGCCAGCGAGCCUUCAGUAGCGCGCAUCUUACAUCCUGCCGGGGGUCCCAAGCUGAAGAUCUCGCUGCCGCAGCAACAGCAGCAGCAGCAACAGGGGGUUGCGGGAGCAGGCGCGGGCCCGGGGUCAGCGCAGGGAGCCGGUCCGCCGCACUCCUCUCAGCCGGGAUGUGGAGGAGGUAGUGAGGCCCCUGGCGGAGGGGGACAGCAAGCAGUAGCAGCAGCAGCAGGUGGUGAUGGUGGUGGUGGUGAUGGCGCGGAGGGGAGCGCUGCAGCGGUGGCUGCAGCGACUGUCAAUGGUGGAAGCGAUUGCGGCGCAGGGGCAGCGGCAGGGGCAGGGCCGCCAGGAGGGCCACCUGGCGCCCUUUCUGAUACCCCCACGCGCAAACGGGCCGCGGUGGGACCAGCAGGAGGCGGAGGAGGGGCCGCUGGGGGGGGGGACGCGGCUUCCCACGUCGCGACGGGCAGCGCGCAUGGCCCCUCACCAUCUAAGAGAGCUCGUGGCAUGUCCGGAGGCGCCUUUGGGGUUGUGAAGAAGGAGGAAACGACCCAAUCGUCCACUACGGGUCCAGUGGCGGCAGUGGGUCACUCCUCCUGCUCGUCAGUGCCCAACGCAGCGGCGGCGCCCCUGCCGGCGCCCACACCCACGGGUGGCGCCGGCGGUGGCGCCGGCGGCGGCGGCGGUGGCGGCGUCACACACAUGCCUGGCGGCCGCUGUGACGUGUGUCGGCGGCUGAAGAAGGGACGCUGUGGAACAAGCACCUCCUCACUUAAGUGCGAAUACCGCCGCCUUAACAACCUGCCGUACGCCGAUCCCAUCACGGGCGAGCGGGUCAUUCCGCCCGGCUACUUGGCUUCUUCGGAAGAGGACGAUGAAGCGGCGGCAGCGGCGCACCCGCACCCGGGGCCGGGUGGCGGCGGCGGCGGGGCCGGGGCCCACCGCGGGGGUCAUUCCGCCGGCGGCGCUGCAGCGGGCGUCCCAGGCGGCGGGCACUUCACCCGCGGCGGGGCUGCUGCACACGCGGCCGCCGCGGCGGCGGCGGCGGCGGCGUCUUCGUCACCAUCCUUGGGAGACGGUGACGGCGGGACGGUACUGGGCUCCAUGCUUGGCGGCGGCGGCGCCGUGAAGCCUGUACGGACAAACAGCGGCAGGCCGGGGACCAAGCCGGGGGCGCGAGCGGCGGCGGCACGGGAGGCGGCAGCCGCCGCCAACGGCGGCGCGCCAUUGCAUCGGGCAGGCUCGCAUGGCGGUAGCCGUACACCUAGAGCUGGCAGCGGCGCGGGCGCGGGCGCUGCCGGAGUUGGCCGUGCCAGCGGCAGCGGCGGCGGCACAGCCAAGGCCCGGCAGCGAGCCGCCGCUGCCGCCGCCGCUGCUGCAGCCGGUAGCGGCGGCGGCGGUGCGGCUUCUGAUCGCGUGCUUGCACACCAUCAGCAGCCGCUGGUUCUGGAUCCAAUGGAUUCGGGGGCGGAUCUUUUCCUUGACCCGGACGAGGAGCUAGCGCUGGCAGCGGCAGCUAUCUUUGACUCGCCGCCGCGGGACAGCGCAGCCGCCGCCGCCACGGCCGCAGCACGGUUAGCGGAAAUGGAUCGAAAUUGGGUGGUUUCGGAGCAGCAGAACGCGGAGCGCAAGCAGAAGCUAGCGGAGGCGCGGUCAACUAAGGUCAAGGACUCGGAGCGACUCAGCGCUGCGCUCCGAGCCCGGCAGAGCAACGUUGAACACGCCCGGGCUAUGGCCACCCGGGCCAACGAAUUACGGCAGAAGCUGGAGCGCGCUCGUGCGCAGCUGGCUGCAUUAAAGGGCGGUAGCGACGGCAGCGGCGGCGGCGGCGGCGGGGGGGGAGGGUUAGUCAUGGCCAACGGCGACCACCGCUCAUCGCAAGGCGGCGCCGCCGCUGCGCCGGCGACGUCGGCGGUAGGGCUAGGGGCUGUUAACGGUACCGUCGGCGCUGAGGCAGCGGCGGCAGCGGCGGCGGCGGGGAAGGGCCCUUCGUCCUCGGGCAGCCGCUUGACGGCAGCUGCGGCGGCGGCGGCCAGCACCAUGAAGGGCAGUUCGCCGGCAGGUUGCGACGCCAGCGAUUUCCUUGUAUUAGAAGAUGGCGGUACGGGUACGGAGUCAGGGCCAGCAGCGGCUGCAGCGGCGGCGACGACGACGACGAUGCAAAGCGCCGGGAAUAGCAUCGCCGCCAGCAGCGGAUUAGGCAUCAGCGGCGGGCUAGGGCCAGGACCGGGUGGGGUGGAUGGACCAACAACGGCGGUGGGUCAGGGGGUGCAGGGUCACGGCACAGCGACGGGCGCCGGCGGCGGCGGCAGCGGCAGUGCCGUUCAGAAUGGGCCGCUGGGAGCCGUCGCGCCUCGUCAUGCGAGCGCUAGCUACGGCGGUGCUGGCAACAGUAGCGGCGCAGGGGGGUUAACGGGGGCAGAUGCGGGCACACGUCGCGCUUCAUCUCUGCCGCAACCGCUGCCACCACUCCCAUCCCAGCACGCUGUGAAGAUCCUAGACAGGCAAUCCUCCGCGACGAUGCAGCUGAUGCUUUCACAGAGGCCUGAGUCACUGCAGCAGGCGGUCACGGAGGCCAGCUCAGCGACGGUGUCUUCCAGCGGCGUGGGGUUGGCUGGCGGCAGCACCGCUGCUGCUGCUGCUGCUGCUGCCACCACCACGCAUGGUUUUGUACUGGGCCAGCAGCAACAGCAGCAGCAGCACCAUCACCACAACCAUCACCAACAGCAGCAGCAGCAGGGGCUACAGGCGCAGCACCCGGUCCAGUACCUUCCUGCCGCUGCCGACCAGCUGCACUUCAACACCAUCGCGGUGGGGGUGCGUCCCGGCCCUGGCGCACUGGGACUGGAAGCACUCCAAGGGGAGUGUUUCGGCCUGCAGCAGCUGCACGCCGACCUGGCAGUGCUGCUGCACAUCGGCCCCGAGCCAUUCACGCUGCAGGUGCAUAAAGGCGGCGCGAGACCCCUGCGACUGCAGCGCUCUUGCUCCCUUGAUCCCAGCGCCUUCAAGUUGCUGGUCGGUGAACGCGGUCUACGAGGUGUCCAUAGGGCCCUUCCGCGGACGGCCACUGGAGCAGCGGAGCUGCCAUCACAGUUGCCACCAUUCCCCGACAUACUCGAGGUUCCCGUGAUCACGCCGCCAUCUAGGUCGGGUCCUGGAUUGGAGGCCCAGACUGGGACAGAGCGGCCCGGUGGGAGCAGGCCCGGAAGAGUCAGGUUCUGGCGGCAGCAGACAACGCAGGCCAUGUACGACAGCGAGCCGCCAGCACGCGGCGCUUCGAAGAAAAGCCGGCUGCUGCCGGACAGCGGCACAGGCCUUUGUGGGAGCGCACCGGCACAACCCCAUGAAGAGUCUGCUCACGCUGCUGUGGCGCCGGGCUUUACGAAAUCGCCGCCGUCACCGUCCUCGCCGCUGCCGCCGCCGUCACCGUCGUCGCCACUGCUGCUCCGACUUCCCGUCACCCCGCUCGUGAACAGCUUCCGUUCCAUUAAAGGCGACUCCAUAGACGGCUCAGGUUACGGAGCCGUACGACAGUCGCCGCUGGGGCUCCUGCUAGCUAAGGGGCAGUCCCUUGCGGCGGCGGCGGCAGCGGUGCCGCCGCCGCCGCCGCUGCUAUCAUCGGCCCUCGCGUCCUCCGCGGGCCGGUUGUACCGUUGCGCUGCCUUUCCCUUCCUGGAUCAGCUUCUCCUCAUCAGGCUGGCGGCGGCGGCGCAGCCGCUGCCGCUGCCGCCUGCUGAAGCCUCGGCGGCGGCGACGUCGGCUGCGAUGCCCUGCGCAGCGGAGCAGGGCCCUGGUGGCUUGGGCGGCCUGCGCCUUCAACGUUGCACGACACUAGGUCGCUAUCAGUACCAGCACCAGCAGCGCCAGCGCAACGGAUUUCAUUCCGGCGGUGGUUUUGGCAGUUGUGUCAGCGGGCGCGAUGGCAGGUGCAGCGCUGGAAAUUCCGCCAGGAGACCCUACACCAGCGGCGGCGGCGGCGGCCGACAGAGCACCCCCAGCUCCCCGCUUGCGGUGCGAAGUGGCAAUGGGGGGGGCGGCGCCGUCGCCGCCGCUGUCGCCACCGCCAGCACUGCUGAGGUCGCUAACGCUGCGGAUACUGUUGGCGAAGACGGCGGCGGUGGUGACGGGUGUGCAGCUGCGCGCCAAGGCGGUGGCUGUCGGGCUAGCGGUCGCAGUGGCGGCUGUGGCGGCCAUGAUUGUGGGGAUAGUGGCGAUGGCGAUGAAGACGAUGGUGAGAAUGAUGAUGGUAAUGAUGAUGAUGAUGAUGAUGAUGAUGAGCAAGAGGACGAAAAGGGGCAGAAGCAGCAGGAGGAAGACGGAGAUGGAGGAGAAGCUAAAUUGAAAAAGCUUCUGGAAGUUCAGGCGGCUGCCGCGCUUGGUGCCGCUGCUGCGGCCCCUACGGCCGCGGCUGCUGCCGGCGCGAAGGUCCUGGCUGCGGGCAGUGGAGCUGUUGGAGCUUGGAGCCCUUCGUCCGGGGCGCCUGGACGAAUGAAACCCAAUGGGGCCAUCGAAGACGGAUUGGCGGGGUUGUUGCUGGAGCCGCCUUUCCUUGGUGCUGGUGUUACUGGUACUAGUCAUCAUGCUAAUGAUGCUGGCAGUACUAAUGGUGCUGGCUGCGGUACAGGCAGUACAGGCAGUACGGCCGCAGCAACGGCAGCUACUAUUAACACUGCUGCUGCUCGUGAUGAUGCUGUCCGCGUCUCUCUGAGUGACAGGUCGACGGGGCCGCCGGCGGCAACGGGGACGAGCCAGCGCCAGGACAGGAGGGCCCCCGUCUCUGGCCGUAGCACACCAGGCUCCGCGUCCUUGCCACUCAAGGAAACUUCUUCCCCUGCCUUGACGCGCGAGGAAGUGGAAGCUGAGGUGGGAGUGGAGGCCAGCCUGCUGCACGCAGCGGAGUGUAAGGGUGAUAGCUCCUGCAGGGCGGGGCUGCCGCCGGCUUUUUUCCCCGCCUCGCCACCGACCGCGGCAGCGGCAGCGGCGGCUCCUGCGGCAGCGGCCGCCCAAGCGGCGCCCAGCGCCGCCGCCAACGGCCCCCUGAGCGUCGUGACGCAUGCUGCUGCCGCGGCCGGACUCGCGUCGCAGCAUCAGAGGCCGACGCGGCCGGUGCAGUCGUCACCGUCGCCGCCGGCAGGAGUGCCGCCACCGCCUCAGCCGCCGCCGCCGUGGGCUCCCUCGCCGACACGGGGCAGCGGCGGCGUUGGAGCUCCUCCCGCUGAGGUGGCCAUCCAGUUGGCUCUGAGCGGUGAAGGUGACCCAAGGGACCCUCCAGAUCCAGGAGCAGAGGCUACUGCUACUGUUACCGCUACUGUUGUUACCGCUGACGACAACUGCUGCGAUGAUACACACAAAAGCAGUGCCGCCGAGCAGAGGCAAACCCGCGGCAAUGAUGUCGCAGUCGGCGCCGAGGGUGUUGAAGAUGGCAACGACCAUGCCGCAGGCGGCGGAGAUUGCAGCAUUUGCCUUGGCGGCAGUAGCUAUGGCGGCAGAAGCAGUGCCGCUGGCGGCGUUUGCAUGUUCGCCGCUUCUACCACUGAUGGAGGCGAUCAGGCAGUGGAUGAAGGGGCCGUUCGUAGACUUGUACGGCUGCUGCUGCAGCUGGCGGCGACGCCGCCGGGGCCGUACACCGUCGCAGCGGCGGAGCGUGCCGUCGAAGAAGCGGUUCUGUUCCGUCAACGACACCGCAGCCAGGACGCACUGAUACGUGCAUUGGCGGUAGCGCAGGCCCAUGCGCAGGCGUUACAGCAGCAGGAGCUAAUCCUGUUGGGGGCUGCGAAGGAGGGGGAGGAGGAGGGGGAGGAGGAGGGGGAGCCGCAGGCUGGCACUGGCUUUCAAACCGACUUCUUGGGAGGGGGACGCUUUGGGACGGUUUUUGGCCUGGCGGCGGUUGGGCUGGGCGAAGGGCGGCUUGAUGAGGACCUGAAGGAAAUUCCGGCACCUCACACGUCGCCUCCUCGCUUAUGUCGCCGGGUCGCCGCGCCUAACGGCGAUGGUGGCUGCGGCGGCGGCGGCGCCGCCGCCGCCGUCUCCGUCCCCGCUACCGCUGCCACGGCGGAGGCAACGGCGGAACCUGACGCGGAGUUCUCCGGCGGCAUCAUGGACCAGAUUACGGCCAAGAUGUUGUGGCGGCUGGCGGGCGAGGCGGUGGCAUCAGCCGCCGACCCGGAACAGCACUGCGGACGUGUACGGUCCCCCGCGGCCGCUGCCACCGUCGCCGCCAGCGGAGGCGGCGGAGGCGGUGGUGCUGAUUCCUAUGGCGGCGGUGGCGGCGGCUGUGCACGUGACCAGCACCGGUUCAGCCACCACUCCACCAUCUGGGAGGAGAGCAGCAUGCACUUUGACUCAUUGCGAAACGUUGCAGAUGAUGCGCUACGACAGGUACGACAUGUAACGAAGGCAGCGGAGCCUCUGGGGGUCAGCUCCGCGCUAGUGACACUGGCGGCGGAGGCGGCAGAGGCCCGCGGCAGUCCGCCGCCGCCGCCGCCGCCGCAGCAGCAGCAGCAGCAGGCGCUGCCGCCCACAGCGACGAUGCGUACGGCGACCCCGUCCUGCCGGGUCAGCCUGCGCUCGCCGCCGAAGAAGGAGGAUGCUGGCUUCGGGGGCCCAGCGGCGGCGGCGGUGGCGGCGGCGGCGACCUCGGACGCGGUUGAGGCAGAUGCAGGUUUCAAGAACCAGGGAGCGGCAGCAGCGGCGGCGGCAACUUCGGAGCGGUGGGCGUCCAGGCGCCGCUGCAUCGACGGUACGACGGGACUCCAUACGCCCUUCUGCGCCAGGGACCCCAGUGGAAGCCAGGAGGAGGACGACGCGGUGGCGGAGGAGCCUUCCUUCGGCAUCGCGCCCCCUCGCACCCGUUUCAGUGCACCGGAGACACCGUCCGUGACUCCCGCCCUGGCUGGCAGCCAGGACCGCAAGGGCCUCGGCCGCCGCAUAUGCGGCAGCGUCAGCGGCUCCUUCGUCUUCAGCCACCGCAGCGCGGGCUCCGACGGCGGGGAAUUCGGGACGUCGUACUGGCGACUGCGACCGUCGCGCCUGGAUGUGGUUAUAAGCCAUGGCACUGAAGAGAUCGCGGCGGUGGCGGCGGCGGAGGCGGAGGCGGAGGCGUCCGGCGACAGCGCUGAGAUUAGCGUUGGCGUCCGUCAAUGUCCCUUUGGUGAGGGCCCCGGUCCGCUGGGGAAAAGCGAUGACGAAGGCGCGCGAGAAGAAAGCGGAACUGAUGGAAAUGAAGAGGGCAGAGGGGUUCAGAGCGGCGGCAGCGGCGGCGGCGGGAGCGACGUCGGCGACAGCAGCGGCGAUCGUGGCGAAGGAAAGACGUCCAGCAAUACCUUAUCCGGGAGUAUAGCCGUAGAUCGUUACGCCGCGCUGACGGCGCACAGCCCCAGUUGGAAGUACACUGCUAUGUACGACAAGCAUGACGCCAUGUUGCUGGCGCGCCUCGCGUCACCGCUGCACCGCCGUAACGGCCACAUGACGGCAUCCUGCGCGGGCGCUGAGUCAGAUGCGGCAUCGACGCCGUCGGUGCGCCGGCGCAAGGGCGCCGCGCCCUUACCAAUGUCGAUGUCGCUUGUGGCGGCGAGGCCAGCCCCGCCCGCUAGCAUUGCGGCCGCCGCCGCCGUCACCGCUGGAAACCCCGUCCCUUCGGCUGUCUCCUCGUCCUGCUCGCCGUACACGGCUGAUGCAGCCGACGUCACCGACGACAGCCAAGGUGAAUCAACCCACCUCAGGGGUAGGCCCAGCGGGCCGGCGGAGGCGAUGACGGUGGAUUCCAACCGCAGUGUACGACGAGGCGGUGGCACAAGCGCUUCUGUGACGCCGUCGCGAGGUGUGCGGAGCAGUAGCGGCGGCGGCGGCGGCGCUGCAUCGCACCUGAGGGAAUACGGGGGGAUGCUCCAAGGCUACGCUCCCGCCGGCGUGCCAUACACGCUGCCGCCGCCACCGCCGUCGCCUUUAAACACCUCCGAUACCAUCGCUGCCCUUAAAGGUCCUCUUCCCCGAUCCACAGUUGCGGCGGCGGCGGCGGCGGCGGCAAACGUCCAUUCCGGGGUCGGGCUUGUGGCCCCGACGCCAGACAUGAGCAUCCGAGGCCGCAUCACGGUGGUUACUCAUGGCGGCGGCGGCGGCGGCGCCGCUGCCGCCGCCGCUGACCGCGAAUACCGGCGUAGCGAUGCCGUUCUUGGGAUUUCGCCGCCAUCUGUUCCGGUCUCCGGCGCGGAUCGCAAACGCCUGCGCGAACCGCCCAAGGUGCAGAGCUCCUUCCACGGUCCCAUUGGUCACCGGCCCAGCACCGACAGUAUCGCGCCGGGCGCGACGGGCAUGGUCGCGCCGUACCGUACGACAUUCGUACGACAUCGUGAUGUAACGGUCUCCAAUGGAAACCACAGCAGCGCCAGCAGCACCAGCUUAUACAGCGAACACGGAAGCGUUGGCGUCGCCGCCGCCGUCGCCGCCUCCGCCUCGGAUUCCGUCCCGAGACGGCGGCGGCCCAAUGGGGGCCAGGAAAGCACGAUAAGCUGGGAGGAAACCCUACAGUGUCUGCGGUACCAGACCAUACAUGGCCUCUCCUACCGGCCCCCGCCUCGCGGAGUUGCACACCGCCCGCCAGGCCCCCCGAAAGGCCCAAGUGCGCUGGCGGCGGAGGGCCACGCGGCUGGCAGCAAUACCGACAUGCCCAGGAACCGUAAAUCUGCCGUGCGCGCGCGCUCGUUGACUGCUUCGAAGUCAAGGAGGUUGUCAUCGUCGUCGUCGGUGUCGCGGCGCAACGCCGCCGGCACCGCUGACGCCGCCGCCGCCACCAUCAUGGGCGCAGCGGCGGCGACGUCAGCGACGUCGGGACUGCCCAAGUUGCUGUCAGUGCUGCGACAUCACCGGAGUAACAAGAUGCGCCCUGUAGCAUGCUCGAUGUCGCCGCCAUCGCCGUCAAUAACACCGGGCCCUGCCAACCGAAAUGCCGCUUCGCGGUUCAGCAUAAAUGCUGUCCUGCCGUACAGCGGGGAUGAUAUCGGCAGCAGCGGGAGGGGCAUAAUGCCGCCGCCGCCGAAGGCGGCUUCCCGGUCCAAGGGCCCUCGGCUCGGCCGCUCGACUGCUGCCGCCGGCGCUGCUGCUACCGUUACUUGUGUUGCCGCCGACGCCGCUGGAGCGGAAGCCACCGCCGGAUUUCGGGGCACGACGGCCUGCAACGUACCGGCAUCACAAACCUCAAAGGACGUUUCGUUGGAUCCGAUCCAGGCAUUCCAGCUAGCGGCGGCAGGUGGCGAGGAGCAGCGCAGGAGGAGUGUCGGCAGCGGGGGCGGCGUCGGCGUCGGCGGCGUCGGCGGCGGUGAAGAUGAUCCACAGUUUCGGCCCAGUCCGGGAGCUGCUGCAAGUACCUCGACAAACCUCAUCGCCGCCGCCAUGCACUAUGCGUCGGCAAGCAGCAACGACGGCCUGAAGCCGCCGCCACCUCCGAAGCCGGCGCCGGCGCCGCCGUCACCCAAGCCGCCGCCGCCCGCCGCCGCCGACGGCGACAGGAGCAGGCGCAGUAACAUGUUCGUGCUUGACGCCGCACGAAGGGGCUGGCGUGCCCGGCUUCGGAGCGCCAUGGAGCAAUACUGGAGAACCGGCAGCCAGCGGGUUCUGGUGCCGUACGGCGCCCCGAGGCUGAAGAAGGUCAAGUCGACGGACGGGCAGGUGGAGCGGUGGCCGUACAUUUGGUCGCCGACGCGGGCGGGGCUGCAGGAGGACGCUUCCGCCGCCGCCGCUUCCGCCGCCGUCGCCCGGAGCAGCACCAGCAGUAGCAGCCUUAAGAGCAGGAGAAGCAACUCGAUCAGGAUAGGCUCCGCUACCGGCGGCCUGACGGCCGCAUUACGGUCGUUCCGGCGGUCGAUGCAGUUGAAGAACCGGCCAACUGGCAGCGAACCUAAUUUGAAGGAAGGGACGCAGGGGCCGCUGGGGACUGAGGCGCCGUCGGAGGGUGGGGGAAAAGAAGGCGGCGGCGGCGGCGGCGGCGGCAGCGCACGCAACGGAGGUGCGGACCGGCCGAGACUGCAGUCCUCAGCCUCCUUACGUGAGCGGUGGCAGCAGCAAUGGGCGCCGCUCGCCAACUCAAUCUUUAGCGACAAUAAGGUGGCGCAUGCGCCGAUUACGUAA